CUUAUACUCUUAUAUUGCAGGUUCAGGAUGUUUCAUGUGAAAAGAGUGAGGGAGUUACUUGUGGGCUACUAUACAUCUUUUUAACACACACAAAAACUGAAAACAAGCAAAAACACAGGUUAUUGGUCUGGUAAUUAAUGAGAUACAUGAGUUUAUCCAUACAAUGACUCCAGGGAAGGUUUCCACCAAUCUUAUUUGUCUAUAUUGCAGUUUUUUCUCAUAAAUUGAUGAACUUUCUUGACUGUUAUAUUCACUUAAGGUAUAACCAUAACUUGACUCCAGCAGGAUCCUGAGAAGGAACGCGGGAAUUGAGAGCUUGGAAAAGCAUGUGAAUAAGUAUGAGCCUGGGUAGAUUCAACGAGUUGAUUGGCUAAUUGCCUUUCCUUCCAAGCCAUGGUGAAAAUUUAGGGAUGAGAAGACAAUAACUAUGGGAGUUCUCACAUUUACCUAAUUGUUGAUUAUUGCGAUUUUUUCAGGCUUAUUUUCAGGUAGCUCUUCAAGUAAAACUAUAUUAUCUAUUGUAGCCUUACAAAAGAUAAAUAAAUAUGGAGGUAAAUUUUAUUUACUCUAAUGUAGUGUCUAACUGCAACCGAAACUACUGAGUUAUUAAUACUUUUAACUUAUAUGGUUAUAUUUCCCAACAGAUUAAUAUGAUUUUUUAUGAUAUUAGUGCAUAUACUUCUAUGGUUGUAUUUUAAUACUUCUAUUUUAUUGUUAUCGUGUUGAUGCGACUGUUCCAGUUUAAUUUGCUUUGGGUAUUGUGAUAUAGAAGGCAAAGUUGGAUGGGAACCCAUUUUUGUAGCACAAAGAUUAUCUUUAACUGCUUUUGAGUCGCCUUUAAAUAUGAUUAAGCGGUAGCAUUUGUUUACCCAAGGUUCGAAAUUCCUUCCAUCACAACUAAUUUUUAUUAGAAUAAAAUUUCUAGUGAGAUAGAGAAAAAGAAAAACAAUCAAGACAUUAAUGGAUAGCAAAGUUGUAGUAAAGUCCACUCUAAUGCUUAGUUAAUAGUAGUAUUUGUUAAUUUUUUUUAUUAGUUUAUAAUAUUACGUUUUGUAUUUUUUUUAUAUUCAUGGUAUGAUGUUCUAUUUUCAGCUAUUCAUAUUCGAAGUAAUAUAUUAUAGGUAUACAUUAUUAUACGGAUUCUAUACACAAUAUUCAGACCAGUACGCACCUGAAUGGUUAUGUUUUUUGGCAUAUAUACUAUAUGCAGUUGACUGGUGCCGGAAUUCAAGCGAACCUCAGGGACUGGUGCCGGAGUCUAUUGUUGCACUGUGAUCACUGCUGUUACUGCUCAGAACACCGUUGGAGUUCAGGGUGUGCACAUUGUGCCGAAGGAUAUCUUGGCGGAGCAGCUAAGGUGAAAACAGGCGUGCUUCCUUCUCCUGGCAUAGUCAAGGUCACUAGAGCCAUGGUUGAAGCAAGAAGAAAUUUUGAACUUGGGAAUUCCUCACUGUCAUACACCCGAAAUAACUCAUUAAGAUUUGUGUUUUUUCUUAAAUUUUCUGUACACCAAAUCUUUAAUCAUAUCUUUUAACUUUUAUACGUAACUUAAUUUUGUUUGACUGACAUAUUCUGGGGUUCGAUUAUGUUUCAUUGAUUUCAGGAUACAGGUUAUAAUAAUUUUCUUCCAAAGAAGCAGAAGGGUGGCACGGUUAUUUUUAGUUGGAGGCCGGAGUGUUACAUUUUUUUUAGUUAAUUUGGUUAUGUUAGUUGGAUGUUUAGAAUUGUCUAACUUUGAUGUUGAUGAAUUUUAGAUGUUUAGCAUAAGUUAUUGAUGUUGUAAUUUUAGAAUAUUUUUUGUGAAAAAUUGAUUCAAUAUGAAUAUUUAUGUUUAAUAUUUUAUUUAUU